AUGGCACUACAAUCGCUUCCAUUCACCUUUUCCUCGCAGAUUAUGCCGCGUAUCUUCAUGGCCUCCCAAGCUAUGUCUUCCGUCGGAGGACGAUGGUCUCACAUUUGGCAGACUUCCACGCAAACGACUCCUAAUAUCCCUGCCACCCUUUUGAAACCCGCCGCAUUGUCAUUGAAUAUACCCGGAUUCCUGUCUGAUAUUUGGGACUCUGUACUCCGAGCCGUACCGAAAAAGAAAACAUCCCACAUGAAGAAACGUCAUAGACAGAUGGCUGGCAAGGCUUUAAAGGAUGUCAAAAGCCUCAACACCUGCCCUGGGUGUGGUCAAAUAAAGCGUGCUCAUGUUUUGUGCCCACACUGUGUUGAGACUGGUAAUGCAGGAUCCACCGAUAUAUGGGCAAUUGCCUUGUCAGACGAUGGCCAGUAUCUUGCCGGUGUAAGCCAAGAUGGGCACAUUCGAGUGUGGGAUUUGGAUGCCAAUGGUGAACAAAUACGUGAUUAUGAGACCAAGGGUAGCUUUGGUACCUGCAUAGACUUGUCGGUAGACGGCCGCCUCAUAGCUAGCGGGCAUGAGAAUGGCAGCGUUUAUAUCUUCAGCACGGAAACAGGCCGUAUGCCGUUCAGCUUAUCAGGCCUAGUGAAGCCCGUGCGAGCUGUUGCAUUCUCUCCAGGGGGGAAGUUCCUCGCUGCUGCUGGAGACUCUAACGACAUUCAGCAUGGGUUUUAUCGCUUUCUUGGAGCCACACGGGAGAAUAUCUCUUAA